UACUCUGUUUUAACGUAAAAAAGAAGUUUUUAUCCUAUUCGGAGCUUCAGUUACAGAAUAUACACACAUACAUAUAUGUAUAAAUAUAUAUUGAUAUAGAGAGAGGUUCAUAAGUGGUUCUCUCAUUGCUGGUUUUCUCUUUUUUUUUUUUUGGGUCGAAAAUGGAGAAAUUCUUAGUGUUUAUAGUGAUGUUUAGUCUCUGCUUUGUUCCACUCAUUCAUGGAGGAAGAAAAAUUCCAAAGAAAACCCAAGAUGGGUCUGAGGAUUGGGGUUACGUUGAAGUCAGACCCAAAGCCCACAUGUUUUGGUGGCUUUACAAGAGUCCUUAUAGAGUUGAAAAUCCAUCUAAGCCUUGGCCUAUUGUUCUCUGGCUUCAAGGAGGACCUGGAGCUUCAGGUGUUGGAAUUGGGAAUUUUCAAGAGGUUGGACCAUUAGAUACAAGCUUAAAUCCAAGGAAUUCAACUUGGUUACAAAAAUCAGAUCUAUUGUUUGUUGAUAAUCCAGUUGGAACUGGUUACAGUUUUGUGGAGGACACAAAGUUGUUUGUCAAAAAUGAUUUAGAAGCUGCAGAGGAUCUUACCACAUUGUUGAAGAAGCUCUUUAAUGGAGAUGAGACUCUUCAAAAGAGUCCUCUUUUCAUUGUUGCUGAAUCUUAUGGAGGAAAAUUUGCUGUUACUCUUGCUUUAUCAGCUUUAAAAGCCAUUGAAGCUGGGAAAUUGAAACUUAAACUUGGAGGAGUUGCAUUAGGAGACAGUUGGAUAUCUCCUGAAGAUUUUGUGUUUUCAUGGGGCCCUCUUCUUAAAGAUGUGUCAAGACUUGAUGAUAAUGGAUUUAAGCAAUCACAAAGUUUAUCUGAGAAGAUUAGGCAACAAAUUCAGGAGGGUCAAUAUAAGGAAGCAACAGAUUCAUGGGGUGAACUUGAAGGUGUUAUAAGCUCUAACAGCAAUGGAGUGGACUUUUAUAACUUUCUAUUGGAUUCAGGAAUGGACUCAGUUUCAUCAUCUUCAACAUCAAUACUUGAAUUGUCAAAAGAGAGUGCAAACAAGAGAUACUCAAGAUAUCUUAGUGUAUUGAGAUCAUCAACAUCAUCAUCAUCAUCAUCUACACCUGGUGGUGAUGAUGAUCUUGAUGAUUUGAUGAAUGGUGUUAUUAAAAAGAAGCUUAAGAUUAUCCCAGGAAGUGUAACGUGGGGAGGACAAUCUGAAGGUGUAUUUGUUGCUAUGCAAGGAGAUUUUAUGAGACCAAGGAUGGAUGAGGUUGAUCAACUCCUUUCUAAAGGGGUCAAUGUGACCAUAUACAAUGGGCAAGUUGAUCUCAUUUGUGCAACUAAGGGGACUGAAGCUUGGGUUAAGAAGCUCAAGUGGGAAGGACUCCAAACAUUUUUGAGCAAGGAUAGAAUUCCUCUGUAUUGUGGGAAAGGUGGGGCCACCAAAGGGUUCAUGUCAUCAUACCAAAACCUCCACUUCUAUUGGAUACUUGGAGCUGGACACUUUGUUCCUGUGGAUCAACCAUGUGUAACUUUAGACAUGUUGAGUCAUAUUACAAAUUCUCCAAGGUAGAUAAUAAUGUAGGAGAAGGAGAGUAUUCAAAAUAAAUGGGACAUUAUUUGAAAGAGAUUGGUGAAAGGUAGGCACAAGCAAUCAUGUUAAAAGAGAAAAUUCAUAACUAAAAAAUUUAUUACAAAAAAAAAAAGGAAGAUAAGAGUUUUUUAUUUUAUUUUAUUUUUUAUUUUCUCAUUGUUUUUUUCUCCAAUUUGUAAUGACCCAUUUUAACUUUGUAAUGUUAAUUAUCAUUAUAAAUAAUUAAUGAGUAUUUGCAUUUGGCAA